AUGAGGAUCUUUUACUAUCUCUAUUUUCUGUGUUAUGUGACCUUCAUUCUACCAGCAACAUGUACCUUGGUGGAUGCUGAUCGUUGCACCAAACGUUACGGUCGUUGUAAAAGAGACUGUCUUGAGAGUGAAAAGCAAAUAGACAUAUGUUCCUCAGCAAGAAAAAUUUGCUGCAUUGAGAGGUUGUAUGAAGAAGAUGGUAUGUUUUGA